AUGAAGACUUUCGCCCCGGCUCUGGCCGUCCUAGGGGCCUUCUGCGAUCUCGCUUCGGCGCACUACCGCUUCACGAGCCUCGUCGUCGGCGGCCGCAACACGGGCGAAUACGUCCACGUCCGGAAGAACACGAACCACAACAGCCCCGUCACCGACGUCCUGAGCAGGGAUAUCGUCUGCAACGCCGGCGGCCUCUCGUCGGGCCCCGGAACGCAGAUCGCCACUGUCGCCGCCGGAUCGACUGUAUGA